UGUAGUUGAGCUGUUGUGUGUUUGUGUCUCUGUAUUCAUGCAGUAAAAUAGCAGGAGCCAGAUUUUCUCAGGAUGAGUUCAUGUGUGCAGUGUGUCUGGAUCUCCUGAAGGAUCCAGUGACCAUCCAGUGUGGACACAGUUACUGUAAGAUCUGUAUUACAGACUGCUGGGAUCAGGAGGAUCAGAUGAGAGUCUACAGCUGCCCUCAGUGCAGACAGACCUUCAGUCCAAGACCUGCUUUAGCAAGAAACACCAUCUUGGCUGAAGUAGUGGAGAAACUGAAGAAGACCAAACUUCCUGCUGACUGUUACGCUGGAGCUGGAGAUGUGCAGUGUGACGUCUGUACUGGAACAAAAUACAAAGCUGUCAAGUCCUGUCUGAUGUGUCAUGAAUCUUACUGUCAAACUCAUUUUGACCGUCAUGAGGAGUUUCAUUCACGUAAGCCACACAAAGUGACUGAUGCCACUGGACGACUGCAGGAGAUGAUCUGCCAGAAACAUGAGAAGAUCCUUGAGGUUUUCUGUCGCACUGACCAGAAAUGUAUAUGUGUGCUGUGUACGAUGGAUGAACAUAAAAACCACGACAUUGUAUCAGCUGCAGCACAGAGGACAGAGAAACAGAAGCAGCUGAAGGAGACGCAGAAGACGUUCCAGCAGAGAAUCCAGCAGAGAGAGAAAGAUCUUCAGCAGCUGAGAGAGGCUGUGGAGUCUCAUAAGCGCUCUGCACAGACAGCAGUGGAGGACAGUGAGAGGAUCUUUACUGAGCUCAUCCGCUCCAUUGAGAGAAGCCGCUCUGAGCUGAUACGACUGAUCAGAAAUCAGGAAAAGCGAGCGGUGAGUGGAGCUGAAGGACGACUGGAGCGACUGGAGCAGGAGAUCAAUGAUCUGAGGAGGAGAGACGCUGAGCUGGAGCAGCUUUCACACACACAGGAUCACAUCCAGUUCCUGCAGAGUUUCCAGUCUCUCUCAGCACCUCCUGAAUCUACAGAUGGAAAUAAAGAUUCCUUCAGUUCUCUCUUCUCUUUUGAUGGUCUGAGAGAAUCUGUCCAUCAGCUGAGAGACAAACUGGAGGAUUUCUGCAAAGAGGAUCUCAAGAAGAUCUUAAACAGAGUCACAUUCACCAACAUUGUUCCCAGGACCAGGAACGACUUCCUACAAUAUUCCCAUCAGCUCACUCCGGACCUGAACACAGUGAAUAGACGCCUCCGUCUGUCUGAGAACAACAGAGUGAUUACUGACACUGACACAGUCCAGUCGUAUCCUGAUCAUCCAGACAGAUUUAAUCAAUGGAAUCAGGUGUUGUGUAGAGAGAGUGUGUGGGGACGCUGUUACUGGGAGCUGGAGUUGAGCGGAAAUGUGCAUAUAUCAGUGUCAUAUAAAAGCAUCAGCAGGAAGGGAUCAGAUCUGAAGUGUUGGUUUGGAUAUAAUGAUCAGUCCUGGAGUUUGUUGUGCACUCCCUACAGAUACUCAUUCAUACACAAUAACAUAAAGUCUGUUCUCCCUGUGAAGCCCAUCAGCAGUAGAAUAGGAGUGUUUGUGGAUCACAGUGCAGGAACUCUGUCCUUCUACAGCGUCUCUGACACAAUGAGCCUCAUCCACACAGUCCAGACCACAUUCACUCAGCCGCUCUAUCCUGGGUUUGAUAUUUAUAAAGCAUCAGUGAAACUGUGAGAAAUUGACGAGAAAUUUCACCCAUAAUGGUUUGAGCUGCAUGAUGAAUCAGUAACAGUUAGAUGUUAUUGUACCUUUUCUUUUCUCUUCAUGGCAUUAAAACUGCAGCUGAACUUUUGUCAGUGAAAUAACAUGUUUCUUUUCAUCUUACCUCAGUAUAAUGCAUUUUAAAGUAGUGUUCAUUAGUGGUAACCAAUGAAACGCUGUAUCGCUGCUGUUCCAUAAGCUCCACCUGCUGUCAGUGAAUCUGCACUUUUAUUCAACCCGCUUCUGGUUUCUGUUUCAUUCAGAUACAGUAUGUUUUAUGUAGUAUAGUUUCACAAAACUAAAGUCAAACGAUUCUGUUUUUGCUUCAAAUUUCAGGAUCAGAAAAAAAUCAGGAUGUUAGCACCUCCACUUCAUUUUGAGCCGUGAAAAACCCUGAUGUCAGAAUAAGGCCUGGUUUCACAGACAGGACUUAGACUAAGCCAGGAUUAGGCCAUAGUUUAAUUAGGACAUUUAAGUAAUUUUUAUAAACGUGCUUAGACAAAAACAUUACUGGUGUGCAUCUUGAGACAAAACAAAGGCACUGAUAUAUUUUUAUACCACUCAGUGCAAGUUAGCUCAGACUUACAUUUUAGUCUAGGACUAGGCUUAAGGCUUGUCUGUGAAACCGGGGGUAAAUGUGUGUAACAAGUCCUUGUAUAGACCAUAAGGUUAGUGUGUGUGACAUGUGUUUCAGUGCUUUUCUCAAACUCUGUUUGUGUUGAUUUAGUUUUUAAUGUAGGGUUG